AGAGAGAAAGGCGGGGAGACGAGGGCGGGCUGGGCGGUUUCGACGAGCGCCGCGGCGGUUGGCGAAGCGGACGGGGCGCAGCCUUCCCGGUGCGAGGAACGGUUCCCGCUGACAGAUCCCCUUCUUCCGGCCGCGCCACCCGGGAGGCGGAUCCCCGGGGCCUGAGGAGCCUUUCUCGGCCCGGCCCGCUCUCCCUCCCUCUCCCGCGGGUCACCCGAACGGCCUGUGAAGAGGAGGAGGAGGAGGUCGUCGGGGGCGGCGGCCGGCGGAGACCGCGCUCCCCCUUCCCCGGCGGCGGCGGCGGCGGCGGCGGGGGCAGGACAAUGGAGGUGGCUGUGGAGAAGGCGGCGACGGCGGCCGCGGCGGCUUCGGCGGCGGCCGCCGGGGGGCCCUCGGCGGCGCCAAGCGGGGAGAAUGAGGCCGAGAGUCGGCAGGGCCCCGACUCGGAGCGCGGAGGCGAGGCGGCCCGGCUCAACCUGUUGGACACUUGCGCCGUGUGCCACCAGAACAUCCAGAGCCGGGCGCCCAAGCUGCUGCCCUGCCUGCACUCCUUCUGCCAGCGCUGCCUACCCGCGCCCCAGCGCUACCUCAUGCUGCCCGCGCCCAUGCUGGGCUCGGCCGAGACCCCGCCGCCCGUCCCCGCCCCCGGCUCGCCGGUCAGCGGCUCCUCGCCGUUCGCCACCCAAGUUGGAGUCAUUCGAUGUCCAGUUUGCAGCCAAGAAUGUGCAGAGAGACACAUCAUAGAUAAUUUUUUUGUGAAGGACACUACUGAGGUUCCCAGCAGUACAGUAGAAAAGUCUAAUCAGGUGUGUACAAGCUGUGAGGACAAUGCAGAAGCUAAUGGGUUUUGUGUAGAGUGUGUUGAGUGGCUCUGCAAGACAUGCAUCAGAGCUCAUCAAAGAGUGAAGUUCACAAAAGACCACACUGUGAGACAGAAGGAGGAAGUAUCUCCAGAGGCAGUUGGUGUGACCAGUCAGCGGCCAGUGUUUUGUCCUUUUCAUAAGAAGGAGCAGCUGAAGCUUUACUGUGAAACAUGUGACAAACUGACAUGCCGGGACUGCCAGUUAUUAGAACAUAAAGAGCAUAGAUACCAAUUUAUAGAAGAAGCUUUUCAGAAUCAGAAAGUGAUCAUAGAUACACUAAUCACAAAACUGAUGGAAAAAACAAAAUACAUAAAAUUCACAGGAAAUCAGAUCCAAAACAGGAUAAUUGAAGUAAAUCAAAAUCAAAAGCAGGUGGAGCAGGAUAUUAAAGUUGCUAUAUUUACAUUGAUGGUAGAAAUAAAUAAAAAAGGAAAAGCCCUACUGCAUCAGCUUGAGAGCCUUGCAAAGGACCAUCGCAUGAAACUUAUGCAACAACAACAGGAAGUGGCUGGACUUUCUAAACAAUUGGAACAUGUCAUGCAUUUUUCUAAAUGGGCAGUUUCCAGUGGCAGCAGCACAGCUUUACUUUAUAGCAAGCGACUGAUUACAUACCGGUUACGGCACCUCCUUCGAGCAAGGUGUGAUGCUUCCCCAGUGACCAACAAUACCAUCCAGUUUCACUGUGAUCCUAGUUUCUGGGCUCAAAAUAUUAUCAAUUUAGGUUCUUUAGUAAUUGAAGAUAAAGAGAGUCAGCCACAAAUGCCUAAGCAGAAUCCUGUCGUGGAACAGAAUUCACAGCCACCAGGUGGUUUAUCUUCAAACCAGUUAUCCAAGUUUCCAACACAGAUCAGCCUAGCUCAAUUACGACUCCAGCAUAUGCAGCAACAGGUAAUGGCUCAGAGGCAACAGGUGCAACGGAGGCCAGCACCUGUGGGUUUACCAAACCCUAGAAUGCAGGGGCCCAUCCAGCAACCUUCCAUCUCUCAUCAGCAACCCCCUCCACGUUUGAUAAAUUUCCAAAAUCACAGCCCCAAACCCAAUGGACCAGUUCUUCCUCCACAUCCUCAACAGCUGAGAUACCCACCGAACCAGAACAUGCCGAGACAAGCAAUAAAGCCCAACCCGCUACAGAUGGCUUUUUUGGCUCAACAAGCUAUAAAACAGUGGCAGAUCAGCAGUGGGCAGGCUGCCCCAUCAACCGCCAGCAGCACAUCCUCUACUCCUUCUAGUCCUACCAUUACGAGUGCAGCAGGAUAUGAUGCAAAGGCUUUCGGCUCACCUAUGAUUGAUUUGAGCUCACCAGUGGGAGGCUCUUAUAAUCUUCCUUCUCUUCCAGAUAUUGACUGUUCAAGUACUAUUAUGCUGGACAAUAUUGUGAGGAAAGAUACCAGUAUAGAUCAUGGCCAGCCAAGACCACCCUCAAACAGAACCGUGCAGUCACCAAACUCAUCCGUGCCAUCUCCAGGCCUUGCAGGACCUGUUACUAUGACUAGUGUUCACCCACCAAUACGUUCACCUAGUGCCUCCAGUGUUGGGAGCCGAGGAAGCUCUGGCUCUUCCAGCAAACCAGCAGGAGCUGAUUCCACACACAAAGUCCCGGUGGUCAUGUUGGAGCCAAUCCGAAUAAAACAGGAAAACAGUGGACCGCCUGAAAAUUAUGAUUUUCCUGUGGUCAUAGUGAAACAAGAAUCCGAUGAAGAAUCUAGGCCUCAAAAUACCAACUAUCCAAGGAGCAUACUCACCUCCCUGCUCUUAAAUAGUAGUCAGAGCUCUACCUCUGAGGAGUCUGUGCUAAGGUCAGAUGCUCCUGAUAGCACAGGAGAUCAACCUGGACUUCACCAGGAAAAUUCCUCCAAUGGAAAGUCGGAGUGGCCGGAUGCCUCCCAGAAGUCACCUGUUCAUGUCGGAGAGACCAGGAAAGAGGACGACCCCAAUGAGGACUGGUGUGCAGUUUGUCAGAAUGGAGGGGAGCUCCUGUGCUGUGAGAAGUGUCCCAAAGUGUUUCAUCUUUCUUGUCAUGUGCCCACCUUGGCAAAUUUUCCAAGUGGAGAGUGGAUUUGUACUUUCUGCCGGGACUUAUCUAAACCAGAAGUUGAAUAUGAUUGUGAUGCUCCCAGUCACAACUCAGAGAAGAAGAAAAGUGAAGGCCUUGUUAAAUUAACACCAAUAGAUAAAAGGAAGUGUGAACGCCUACUUUUAUUUCUUUAUUGCCAUGAAAUGAGCCUGGCUUUUCAAGAUCCAGUUCCUCUAACUGUGCCUGAUUAUUAUAGAAUAAUUAAAAAUCCAAUGGACUUGUCAACCAUCAAGAAGAGACUACAAGAAGAUUAUUCCAUGUAUACAAAGCCUGAAGAUUUUGUAGCUGAUUUUAGAUUGAUCUUUCAAAACUGUGCCGAAUUCAAUGAGCCUGAUUCAGAAGUAGCCAAUGCUGGUAUAAAACUUGAAAGCUAUUUUGAAGAACUUCUAAAGAACCUUUAUCCAGAAAAAAAGUUUCCUAAACUAGAAUUCAGGAAUGAAUCAGAAGAUAAUAAAUUUAGUGAUGACUCAGAUGAUGACUUUGUACAGCCCCGGAAGAAACGCCUCAAAAGUAUAGAGGAACGCCAGUUGCUUAAAUAAAGCAACACCAUUGGCGUGUG